AUGCAGACCUUCGGGAAGGUGGCCCUGCAGGACGGGACCCAGAUCAACCGCAACAACAACUUCCAGACCUUCCCCCAGGCCGUGCUGCUGCUCUUCAGGUGUGCCACAGGAGAAGCCUGGCAGGAGAUCAUGCUGGCCAGCCUGCCGGGCAAACGCUGCGACCCCGAGUCGGACGCGGAGCCGGGGGAGGAGUUCACCUGCGGCAGCAACUUCGCCAUCGCUUAUUUCAUCAGCUUCUUCAUGCUCUGCGCAUUCCUG